AUGCAAUCCUUAACCACCAAAUCCGUACAGAGUGCGUCCCUGACGCUUCAGGGCAUACACGACGUCCAUGGCAGUAACAGUCUUACGCUUAGCGUGCUCAGUGUAGGUGACAGCAUCCCUGAUAACGUUCUCCAGGAACACCUUAAGCACACCACGUGUCUCUUCAUAGAUCAAGCCAGAGAUACGCUUCACGCCGCCGCGACGAGCCAGACGACGAAUAGCUGGUUUGGUGAUGCCCUGGAUGUUAUCACGUAA